AUGAACGCUUCUCAGACUGCUCUUCGGCGAGCUGCCCUUCGCCCCCAGUCCAUCGCCACAACUCAACGCCAAUGGGUUCGUCACGCCAGCAAUGUCCCCCGGGGUCCUCGGCGCCGUGGAGGUAAAUUUGUUGGAUUCGCAGCCAUCUUUGGUGCGGCAGCUGCCGGAGCUUACUACUAUCCCAAGCUCAAGGAGCAAUUUGCUUCGCCUCCCGAGACUCCGGUUAAGAAGGUUCCCGCCAAAGCCGAUGUCGAGUUUGAGAAGCCUCGCAAGAAGGCCCGCUCCAAGGAGGAGAACCGAGAUCUCAUUAGCUCGCAGCAUCUCCAAGUCAAGCAUAGCUGGGAACAUCCUGGCGUCUACGCAUGGGGUUCCAAUAUCGGCAAGGUCAUCGACCCCAAGUCGAAUGAUAAAUAUGUGAAGCUACCUCACCGAAUUGCCUAUUUCGAUGACCAAGUGCUCCGGGAUCUGAAGCUCACCUCAGCUUUCGGCGCAGCUGUCACGGAGAAGGGUGAUCUAGUUCAAUGGGGACUCGGCUACAACAAGGAGGACCCAUCUCCCGUUCCUACCCUCACAGGAAAGGACCUUGUCAAGAUUGACGUCUCUUUGGAUCGAAUUAUUGCCCUGUCUCGCAAUGGCAAGGUCUACUCUAUUCCCUCUUCUCGUGAUGACCAGGAAGGUGGUCUCAAGGAGGAACAGCAGAAGAGUUCUUGGUCCAUCUGGGGAUCCGGUGGUGGAAAGGAGAGAAUCAACUUUCGAAACCUGACACCAUCUGGUCUUUCUUACGGAGAGUCUGUGACCGACAUUAGCAGCGGUCUGGAGCAUUGCCUCAUGCUCACAUCCAAGGGCCGUGUCUUCUCUGCUGCGUCCAGUGCUCUCGAGUUUCCUUCCAAAGGUCAGAUGGGUGUCCCUGGAUUGAGCUGGGGCAACCGACCCAAGGGCCCAUAUGAUCAACCCCAUGAAGUUAUCACUCUGAGAGGUUUUGAUGUGGCUCAGGUUGCCACUGGCGAUUACCAUUCGGUCAUUCUGGACAAACUUGGACGCAUCUUCACAUUUGGUGACAACUCCUUUGGGCAGCUUGGAAUCGAUACCGACCAUGGACUCUUGACUUCCGACACACCAGUUAUGAUGCCUGUCAACACACUCUAUAGCAGCAGUGGACUUGUCCCAACAGUCAAGACUAUCGCUGCCGGCGGAAACAACACCUUCUUCACUGUGGAUGCAAAGGCAACAGAGACGCCUACCAACUUGAAAGCCCUUGCCCCAAGCAAGAGGCUCCCUUUGUUAACUGCAGACCUAUGGGCUUGCGGCCAGGGAGUUUAUGGCACAUUAGGUACGGGACGGUGGUCGCAUGUGUCAGCCAAGCCGACCAAGGUGAAGAGCCUCUCGUCUUUGUUCGAGUUUGACGAGAAGACGAACAAAAUGAGCCCCAUCAAACUCAAGUCUCUAUCUGUGGGCUCUACGCACUGUUCAGUCAUCAUGGACAACGUCACCGAGACGUCCGUUUCAGGCUCAGCGAGCGCCAACGCAACCAACUGGGGAUCCGACGUCAUGUUCUGGGGCGGAAACGAACACUAUCAGCUGGGCACGGGCAAGCGAACCAAUUUGAACGCACCCGCGUAUAUCGGGGCGUUGGACAGCGCAGCAGAGGCACGCAAGGACAACAGCCCUGACUUUCACCGGCUGUGCGUAACACCUCGAACGACGAUUCGUCUGGAUGGAGGCAAAGGCCGCAAGGUGUCUCUGGAGCAGAAGAUUGAGUGUGGCAAGUAUGUGACUGGCGUAUACUCUUCUGUCUAA